AUGGAAAGGGCCACGCCGACCGACGUGGACGAGCUUUCGUCCUCCGCCACAACCCGAAGCAUUGACGGCGUCACCCAGGCUGUCCUGCGCAACCUCGAGGACCAGCACGACUGGACAAAGCUCGAAGUUCGCCACGAAGCGGGCCAAGAGCGGCCACUGAUCAGGGGUCUUCCCCCAAAGUUGCUCUACCUGCACCCGGAUGACCAGAUUGCGGCCCUCGCGCACGAGCGGAAAACGGGCGAGAAGUUGACGCGGGAUCCCCAGUUCGAAUGGGUUCUUCCCGUCUUUCUAGUCGAGAAGUGGUCGCUCGCCCGCUUCGCUGCCAUCUUCGACUCGAUUGAUCUCGAGGUCGGCACGCGGGCCAAGAGGAUCGUUCUGGCCACCCUGCACCACGACUCGACCGUUGUGUACUACUUGAUGCAGGAAGGCGCCGUCAAGCCUCGCCAAAACUAG